CGACGGAAAGCCAUUGUGCCUGGCUGGGGUCAGGCUGAGACAGCCCCUUGUACGCUCUGGUCCAUUGUCUUCCUGGCUGGUGUUGGCGACAGGGUCCCACACGUGCCACCGCGGCGGCUGCAGUGCCGGGCCGGGUGGGCGCCCGCAUCCCAGGCGCGCUUGGGAGAUGAAGCUCCAGAAGCCGUGGUGGGCGGGUGGCGGCCUCCUGAACCUUACGGUGCUGCUGAGCUUAGCUAGGCUCUGUGUGGACCUGGAUCUCUGCCUGCCGCCGCCGACCACCGCACUUUGCGAGGAGCUGCUCCUACUCUGUCCCACCAGCCCCGCCUGGGCUUCUAGCCACUUCUCGGCCUCGGAAGGCUGGGGACACUCCCCCGAGCUGCUUGCCAAGGGCCGGCUGCUGCGCGAAGUGCGCGCGCUCGGCGUCCCCUUCGUUCCCCGCACCCGCGUAGACGCGUGGCUAGUGCACAGCGUGGCGACCGGGGACGCAGACGGGGCCCACGGGCUGCUCGGCACGGCCGCCUCGUCUGCUGUGGGAGACGGCGGCCAGGCGGCACCCGCGGGCGGCGGGGACCCCCGAGAGACUCACAGCAGCCCUCUGGCUGCCGAGGAGGAGGAGGAAAAGGCGGCGGAACCGACGGCGCAGGUACAGGACACAGGCGGACGCGAGAGCCAGGAGAAUGAUAUACUAAAAGAAAAGAGUGAAGCUGUGGAUCACAGUUCCCAGCAUGAGGAAGAUGAGGAAGGAGUGUCAGCCCAUGCAAAAUCACUACAGCUGGGUAGGAAAGAUGAAAGCAAAACAGAUGCACCUGCCUGGGAAGGAGGGACAAUCACAGAGUCCAGAAAUGAGAACCACCUACACCAGUCCGACACAUCUUUCUUUCUGGAAGAUUUAUUUCAACUGCUUUCAUCACAGCCUGAACAUUCCCUGGAGGGCAUCUCACUGGAAGACAUUCCACCCUUUCUAAACAGUAUCAAUGCGAGUGUAAAUUCCUCAGCGCAUCACAUAAAUCUGAGCCACGCCAUAAGCCAUGAUGUUAAUCUUCAUGAAGCCAUGCUACUGUGCCCCAAUACAUUUAGAAGAGAUCCAGCAGCAAGGAUUUCACAGGCACAAGAACCAUUUCUUCAGCUAAAUUCUCACACCAAUUCUGAGCAAGCCAUUCCUGCAAUGUCUCUCCCAACUGUUGACAAUCAAAUGAGGACUCUAACAGGUCAAGAUCUCCUGUAUGAUACUGAUUCAAGCAUCUUUGGCGGAAUAAACCUAAUGUCAUUGGCCACAGGUUUCAAUCCACUGGAAGUUUCUCAACUUUUUGAAGAUCCAGACUCUGAUUCUGGGAUCUCAUUAAAUUCAAGUUACAACACCUCUAUCACCAAGUCUAAUUCUUCUCACUGUAUGUAUGAUGGUGCUGUAAGUUACAGUAGUGACCUCGGGUCUCUUAGUCAUGAUUUAGGUGCUGUAGGAGGCUGCUGCCCAGAACACUGUCAUAUGGAUAUUAGGACUAUGUCUGGCUUUUACCAGGACCUUGAAUGUCAGCAAGUAUUUCACGACCACACUUACCACUUACAACCAGGUGUACCAGAAUCUUUGACACAAUCCAAGUCUCAGAAAAUCAGUGGGUGCCUUGACUCAGAUAGAAAUUUGAGUCGCGACGAACAGCGUGCUAAAGCUCUGCAUAUUCCCUUUUCGGUAGAUGAAAUUGUCCACAUGCCUGUUGACUCUUUCAACAGUAUGCUAAGCAGGCACUACCUAUCAGACUUACAAGUGUCUCUCAUUCGUGACAUCAGACGAAGAGGAAAAAACAAAGUUGCUGCUCAAAACUGUCGUAAACGUAAACUAGACAUCAUUUUGAAUCUAGAAGAUGACAUAUGUAACUUGCAAACACAGAAGGAAGCCCUGAAGAAUGAGCAAAAUCAAUGUAACAAAGCUAUUGACAUAAUGAAACAGAAGCUGCAUGAGCUCUACUAUGAUGUUUUUAGUAGGUUAAUAGAUGACCAAGGUAGGCCAGUCAAUCCAAACCACUAUGCACUUCAGUACAAUAAUGAUGGAACUGUUUUGAUUGUACCUAAAGAACUAGUCACAUCAGGACACAAAAAGGAAGCCCCAAAGGGAAAGAGGAAAAACUGAACAGGAUCCAGUGACCCUGCAUCACAAACUGUUUAAACUAUUCUUAAAAGCACUGUUACUUGAAUCAGUUAAGUGUUUAAGUUUGUAUUGAUAAAUGCUUAAAAUUCAAGGUUAUGCUUCUGUGAAUUUGGGAGAAUCCACAUUUCCAUGGACCACUUCUGCACUAAUACCUAUGUUCACAUAACCUUUUACAGCCUUUUAUUAAGGUGGUCACUUGAAAAAGCUUUAAGAUGGUUACAUAACGUGAGUAGCCUUUAGUUUUCUGAAGGUAUUUAAUAUUUAACAUGUAAACAAGUAUGUGAAAACAUUUUAUAUUUGAAUUUAUAAAAACUUUAUUUUAACAAAAUGUCUUAUUUGUCCUUCAAAGAAAAUCCAGUCAGUAUGGCAAAAUAAGAAAUUCCUUCAAGCUUCAGAGCAAAGUAUCCCAGCUUUUGAGAAUGUAGUCAUAGCCCCAUAUCUAAAUGUAAAAAGCCCUUGAGAAACACAGGGCAGCAGUACCAGUUCUGU